GGAUCUUAUUCCAGAUCGGUGGUACCCGAUCUGGAUUAGUUAAAAAUUUCUAGCGCCUGAUUUUAGCCCGAUUUCAGACGUAGAGCAAGCAGUCGCGACGGAAAUAAGCCAGAGAGACGGAAGGAGGAGGAGCUGCUAAAGUGGUGGAGCAGAAAAGAGGAGCUUCGUACACUAGAGGUUGGGAAGUGGGAACGACGACUAGGGAGCUUCUGCUCUACAGUGGCUGAACUGUUCCGGUGAAUUCAUUCUGCUGCACAAGAAAUCAGGAAUUGAUAUUUAGCUCUCUUGUAGUCUUGUUAGUUGUAAAAAAAAAAGAGCAGUUCAACGAGUUAGAGCUUUGGACACACUUCGAGCAGCUGGCGUUCAAGCGAACGGCGGACGGUGUUCCAGCGAACGGCGGACGGUGUUCUAGUGGACGGCAGACAGCGUUCGAGCAACGGACAUGUCAUCUUCUUAAGCAAUUUACGCUACACAAAGUGGAUUUGGCAUGGUGAGUCAGUUGAAAUGCCAAGUAUGUCUUCACACAGGGAUGAAGUUCGUGCAGAUACGUAUGAUCAUAUGGAUGACAUGAUACGUGAUUUCGGUGUUGAGUCAUUCGCACGAGCGCAUGUAUAUGAUAAGUUAUGUACUGACGCUGAGUUGCCAUUGUAUCCGGGUUGCACUAAGUUCACAUGGUUGACAAUAGUGUUAAAACUUUUCAAUAUCAAAGCAACAAAUGGUUGGACCGAUAAGAGUUUCACUGAGUUGCUCCAGUUAUUAAAAGACAUGCUACCCGAAGGUAACACAUUACCUGACCGGAAUUACGAGGCAAAGAAGAUUUUGUGUCUGAUGGGUAUGGAGUACAAGAAAAUACAUGCAUGUCCUAAUGACUGUAUACUAUAUCGAAAAGAGUAUGAAGAUCUGCAUAAGUGCCCUACUUGUGGAGUGUCACGGUACAAAGUUAAGAGCGAUGAAUGUGAUUCUGAAGUGGUGACUACAAAGGGUUCCACUGCAAAGGUGCUAUGGUGAUUCUGUAAAUGAGGUGCAAACGUAUAUAUCUACAAGAUUAAAUGCAGGUGGAAAGCGAUGUUACUUGGCUCCUUAUUACUACCAGAAUCAUUGGCAGCUCUUUAUCCUCUCUCCUGUCCAAAACACUAUUGUCUUCUUGUAUUCUUUGGGGAAUAAGCCAAACAGACAAUUCAAAAAUAUUAUUGAUGCUGCAAUGGAGGCAAGCCGUAGGCUCAACUCAAGAAAGGGAAGAGUGAAAUGGAUUAUUCCUAUGGUAAAUAGUUACUACUUUACUUUGUAUGUUAUUUUUACUUUCAUUUGUGUAGCACCAAGUCGAAUACCGUAAUUUCUGAUUAGUAAUUAUGUUAUUCUAAUUUUUAAUCUCGGAUGCAAGUUGGGAGUUAUGAAUGUGGUUAUUAUGUGAUGUUGCAUAUGUUGAAUAUUGUUUCGGCGGUAAUUCUUGAAAUGUGGGAUGAGGUACGUUAUUAUUUUAUUUACAUUCAAUAGGUUUGCUUCACAUGUAAUGUUUUUUAAUAACCUUCUUAUUUAAUUUGUUGCGAUUCGCCAAUCCGGAACCAUUCUCAUCAGAAGAGAUUGAUGAAGUACGAACUCGUUGGGCAUCAUAUUUCUUUAAAAUGACGCAAUCC